UUUGGUAUUUCAGUAUUAACAAUAAAAAAAAUAAUCAAGAACCUAAUCAAACCACCCAUACACACACACACAAAGAACAAAGAAUUAGACAAAAAUUAAGAGCCAAACAACAGAAUGGUGAAUGUCGGUUGCGUUGCCAAAUUGCUAAGUGGUCUGCAUUUGGGUAGCAGCUUUUGGGUGAAACGUGUCAAUCCGCAUUGGUAUGAGGCACGAGAGUUGCCCAAGACGUUGCUAAGCGAAAAGUUGGCAGAGAAAGUGCCGAACGCACGAACGACGGCUGGAAGAAAAUAUACGAAACCCUGUUUAACAAUGACGCCACUGACUAGGCGUUCAGCUAUGCUAUAAUUUAACAAAGAUUACUGUUGGGAUCAGUCAGAAUCAAAAGUGCUUUAACUAAUUGCAUUGCACCAUUUGAUGUGCAAUACAUUAUCGGACAUUCAAUUAACCUGUGGAAGAAAGAAUACUUAAAUUUUGUUCAUAAUGCCCGCCAAGUACAGAUGUGUGCUGCCAACUUAUUUGAAUAAAUACUAACAGAGAAAUUUUCUGAACUUAA